AGAAAAUUGCCAAGCUGACAGUCUUCCGUACUCAUUCUUUCUCACAAACACACUCUCUUCUUACAAUGAACAAAGUAUUGUGUUUUUUCCUAUUAUGCAUGCAGGGCUACCUGCUAACGCAUGCCCUAGACUGUGCAGAUGGGGGCAUGGACUGUGACAGUGGGCAGAUUGAAAGAAAAAAGACAAGGUACAUAAACACAGACGAUGAGAGAGGAGCUCACCGUACCCAAGCCAACCUACCAGGGGCCUUUAAGACCAAGGGCUUCCCCAACACUCUAAUUCAGGCGGACAGGUCAAGACGUCAUCUGAACAGCAAUAAGAAGAGACAGCUGCCUCCUAGAUCAAGAGUAGGCAGUCACUCGCUGCUUAGCCACAACCCUAUGAGUCCUCUGCCAGUAAUGAGAGCUCGAAGGCAUGCUCGAACUGCUGAUACAGUCAUGCUGUCUAGAAUGUGAAGCAGGUGCCAUGGAGAAGAGUGACCAGGAAGAACACAAGAGUCACGGGACGGAAUGUUUGUAGGGGAAAAAGUCCAAAACAAUCCAAAGGCAAAUAGAGCGAUGUAUAUUUUAAGUUCAUGUACAUUUAGUUUAUUGGAGUCUUCACUUAUUUACUGUCAUGUAACAUGCUUAUUGAAGGUUUCUUAUGCUUCAAUGUAAUGAAAAAUAGUGGAGAUUAACCUUCAUAUUAUUGUAAUAUGAAGUAAAUGUCAGUUUUUCCUUAUCAUCCCAGGCACUCCUAUCACAGUCCCUAAUAUAACUUUUAGUAGGUUAAUUGUAGGCAAAAUUUUUAUUUUUCUUCUUGUCAAAUUGUUAUGUGAACAAUUCCAAGGUUAGACAACUUAACUGUAAUCUUACCUGUAAAACUUAAGGUAUUAUUGUCUAUAUUGUUUGGAAAAUAAUAAUGGUAAAAUACAAGAACAUACAUUAACAAAGAGAAAAGCUCAGCAUUUACAGUAUAGGACACUGGAAGAGGUCAAGUACUUUCAGGGAGAUUUUUUAUAUUUAUCAAUCAGUAUAAGUGUUACUCAGACCUGAAAAUCAGUCUGCAGCAAUCAAAUACCCAGCUUAAAACAUGUAUAUUUAACUGAAAGUGCUUUUUUUUUAAAAAUUAAAUAUUAUAAAAAAUCUUACUAAAAGAUCUUUUUUUCUAAUAUACUAAAUUAAAGCUGGUAUAUAAAGAGUACUUUUCAAAUAUAUUUUUAGAUCAGUUGACAGUUACUGAUUAUUGUUAUUGCUGAAAUCAUUUAAUCAUUUAUUAUAUCAAACUUCAGACAGUGAGAGAUUUAGAGCUGUAUUAAAAUUGACAUGCAUUAGUUGUUCGUUAACUAAUUAACUAGAGAAAAAUAUUUAGAGAAAUGAAUGCCAAAUCAGACAUAUUAAAAAAGGAAUGUACUACACAGACUUAAAAUGGUUAGACAUCUACACAUGGCAACAUCAUUAAUCUGAGUGUGUGUGAAUAAAAUGUAACUGUACCAAUGUCCACGGAUUCUCUCUCUCUCUCUCUCUCUCUCUCUCUCUCUCUCAACCUGUUUGGGGGAGUGUUUUCAGUGAUGUGUAUUACUCGCUGAAAUUCACAUGAAUUUUUACUCUGUGCAAACAUCCACAAAACACUGAGAAUAAUUCACAAUAUACUCAUUCAGUUAACCUAGAUGUUCUAGAAGUCCUAAAAGCAGAUAAAGUGAACCCAAUAAAACAAAUCAGACAAAUAAA